AACGUCUGCCCUGCAUCGAUAAAAGCCUCCCUCGCUCAUACAUACCUUAAUACCGCCCGCUUUGCCCCCAUAUCCCGCCCCAAGGGGCAUUCUUCGUCAUGGACGGCCCUCCUCCGCCUCCACCGCCGCAUGGCACGAACCCAAAGACAACAGGAGGGAAUGGUGGCCUGCCGCCAGGCAAUUACGACAUCUUCAUAAUACCACCGCAUUCGUCCGGCGGCGGUUUCGUCUACCUCCCGAGCCUCCAGGUCCAGCGGAACAGCUUCCUUGCGGGCGUGGGUAGCACCCUGGCCACCAUUGCCGUCUGGAAGAUGAUGGAACCGACCAUCAAGCAGUGGUUUGUCCUGGUCAGCCAGAGCGUGUCGGCUGGCGGAAACGGUGUUGUAUUACUAGUUGCUGUGGUGGGUGUGGCUGGCUGGGCCUACGGCAAGACGCAGGUCGACGGGGGGGCUUUUGGCGGGAGUGGACCUGGCAACGGACCACAAGGCGGAGCUGGCACUGGAGCUGGAACCGGAGCGUCAGGUGCGGGAUACCAGCGGCCGCCCCCGCGCCCGAACGCGAGCUAUUCGGGAACUGGAGGCCCUCCGCCCCAAGGCGGAUGGCAAGGACAACACCAGCAGCACGGCGCUCCGCCACCGCCCCCUCACGACGGCGAAUCAUGGUCUGGCUCGCAGCCCGACCCCGACGCGGGCGCAAGCUGGGAGAAAGCCCGAGAAGAGACACGCAAGCGAGAAGAGGAGCGGAAAGCGAAGGAGGAGGCUGCACGGCAAGCUCGAGCCAAGGCAGAAAAGGAGAAGUGGGAGAAGAUGCGGGCUCGCGAACGGGAGCAACGAGAACGAGAAGCUCGGGAACGCAUCGCGAAGGAGCGGGCACAAAGGGAGAAGGACGCCAAAGAGAGAGAAGAAAAGGCACGCCAGGCUAAGGAGGCUGAGGCGAGGGCGAAGAUCGAGAAGGAAAUCAGAGAGAAGCUCGAAGCCGAGCAGAAGGCCAAAGCGGCCGAGGAGGCUGCGAAGAAGGCUGCCGAACAGAAAGCAGCAGCAGAAGCAGCAGCAGCGAAAGCCAAAGCCGAUGCAGAACGCGCGGAGCGGUUAAAGGCAGCCCGCGAACGUGCUCAGCGCGACCGAGAAGCGCGACUGAAGGCUGAAGCUGAGAAAAUCAAGGCCCAGCAAUCAGCAGCAAACCCCGCGGCAGACAGACGCUCAACGACGUAUGGUGGUCUCGGAGGCGGCGAACGAUUCAACCCCUACUCAGGCGCUACAGGCCCGCCGGCACCCUCAGUCACCUCAACGCACUCCUCCCCUAUCAAGGCCACCGUCACCCCGAAGAAGAACUACGAGAAGCCGUCGGCGACGUCAUACGUUGGCACCGAAGACGAGCACUCGUUCCGCCCAUAUGACACGCCUAGGCGGCCGCCGAAACCGCCAUCGCACGCCUCGACUGCGUACACUGCCUCCAGCUACGCGGCGUCGCACAGUACGGCGAGAACAACACCUCCUCCGUCCCAGCGCGGACCCUACUCGACGAACGAUCCAGACAAGAUCCAGAUCAAAGCAGUAUAUCUAUUCAACGACCUGUUCCCAAAACCUGUCGCCCAGCUUGUGGCGAACGUGGGCAAGGUAACGGACGGCUUGAUCCUGAAAGUCCAGUCCGAGGGCUUGUUUAUCGACGAUGACGUGCGCAAUAUACCACAGCGCGAGUGGGAUGUCAAGGCCUGGACGUUGAAGCUGGUCGAGACCGGCCAAAACACGGCCAAACGCCUACACGUCCUACGCGCCUGUGUCCGUGACGCCGACGGCAAGAAGUACGUCUUCCUCAUUGACGAGUCCGAAAGCUGGAAGCUGGCUAUUGGCCUACAGCGGCUGCGCAAAGGCUCGCAGGUCCGCAGUAUGCAGAAUAGCCAGAUCGCGCCGACCGAAGUAUCCCGGAUACUGAAUGCGAUUCCGCCGUUGGCGUUGUAGGCUCGUUGCCAUUGCUUGGAUAACGAAGAUGAAAGUCCUUGGGUGUGAAGAGCCGAUUCGAAGCGAAAGUGUUGGCGCAGCAUUAUUGGUGCUUGUUAUGCAUGAUGGUCUGGAAUGCUGCGUUCCGUUCCAUUCCUCUCUGCUCGAAAAGUUGCGUUUCUUGGCUCUUGGUGCGAAGCGAAAAGAUUCCCCCUUACGCGAGAUUUAGAUAUCCCCCUCCUUUUUUUGUCCUUCUCUUAUGCAUCAUAUGCGUCAUCAGCAUCAUCAAACUG